AUGAAAUUGGUACAAUUCGUUAACAAAAAUAAUCCCGAAGAAAUUCGCGCAGGAUAUUUAGUGGACGACAAUGUUGUAGACAUCAAUAAAGCUGACCCAACAAUACCAAGCACCAUCAUAGAAAUCUUGAAGAAUGGAGAUAUUGAUAAAGUGAAAAAACUCCAAGAUGGUGAUCAAAACUCUGAACCAAUAUCAUCAGUAACUAUUAAAGCACCUAUACAUGGCAAUGACAAAGUACUAUGCGUGGGAUUAAAUUACAAGGAUCAUUGUAUAGAACAGAACUUUCCUGCACCAGAUAUCCCCUUUAUAUUCAACAAAUUCCCAAGCACUGUUAUCGGACAAGAUGUACCAGUGAAACUAAAGCCGGACGUUUCUGGCAAAGUCGUUUGUGAAGUUGAACUAACAAUAGUAAUUGGAAAGACUGCAAGCAAAGUGAAGGCAUCUGAUGCAUAUGACUAUAUUUUAGGCUAUACUAUUGCCCAAGACAUUGGAGCUACUGAUUGGCAGAACAAUAAAGCUUUGGGUCAACUAUUACUUGGUAAAGCUAUGGAUACUUUUUGUCCAGUAGGACCUUGUAUCGCAACUAGUGAUGAGAUUGACAACCCCCAGGCGUUGAAUAUCAGUUGUAUCGUGAAUGGUGUCCAGAAGCAGAAGAGUAACACAAAUCAGUUUAUUCAUAAAAUUCCAGAAAUUAUUGAAAGGUUGUCCAACGUGUUCACCUUACUGCCUGGUGAUAUCAUAUUGACAGGUACUCCAGGUGGUGUAGGUCUGUAUAGAAAUCCUCCGGAAUUUCUUCAAGCUGGUGAUGUGAUUGCGAGCGAGAUUGAGAAGAUUGGAGUUUUAAUUACCAGAGUCGAAAAUUUUUAA